GUUGCUGCUGUUGCUCUUCAGUCGAGAGACUCGUGUUUCGUGUCCUCCGUUUUACGCGUUACGCGUUAGUAUAGUUCAUCUUUGGUGUCUGACAGUCGAUAGAAAUAAUUAUUUUUUCUGAAAAAAAUCAAAAGAAAGUAAGAAAGAAAGAAAGAAAAAUGAGUGUGUGAGAGAAAACAAAAUUAGAAAGAGAAUAAAAGGAGAACGAUAUCACCUGGACAUUGUCUUUCUCCUUCUUUGAAAAUCGUAGAGAUUUUGAUCGGACUUGAAAGUUCCACCAUUUUCAAACGGCCCUGCUGUUCCUACCGUUCCUGCUGUUAUUGCUGCUAUUGCUGAUUCGAAGCAAGUUGGCAAACCAACGUGGAAAAGUAGUCAGAACUGUGCAGCUGUCAGACGAGACUACUCUCGAGUUCUCUAUCCGUCUCUGUCUUUCUUACUUGCUCGAUUCUCCCCACCCCUCCCACUCCAGGUUCACCAUCUCACUCUCUUUCUCUCUCUCUCUCUCUCUCUCUCUCUCUCUCUCUCUCUCUCUCUUGCUCUUUCUCUUUCUCUUUCUCUCUCUUUUUACUCCCAUACCAUAGGAUGGUGCUCGUACGUAGCUCGUAAACCUCAGACGCCGUGCUCACGUUUAGUUUAGACUCGCUUAUACCGUAAGGACGGCCUUACACACGGUUUUCGCGAGGUGCAUCGUGCGCAGAGACCAGUUGUUCUUUCUCUUUCUCUUUCUCUUUUCUACGUAUAUACCUACACGUUUUUGUGAGUGCAAGAAAACAGAGAGGGAGAGAGAGAGAGAGAAAGAGAGAGAAGGUGCAUUUGUACGAUCAUUUAUUAAGUGCGAGUAAUGGCCUUACGUCUGAGGGGUAGCAAGGAUGUCAAGAAGAGCUCGUACUACGUUUGGUAUCUUGGUGCGAGGGAGGCCAAGGGUGUGGACGCGAUGCCCGGUGCCAUAGCUUACCUGCUCGAACGAGAACGACUUCAAGAACCUUUCAAGGUCACUUUACAGGUGAGCAGCAAGGGCCUGAAGAUCAUUCAAACUGUUCAUCCUGGAGCUUCUACUAGAUCAGCUGUAAAACAUUUGGUACCAGGUCAUGCUGUAUUGGCUGCUGUUCAACGAGAAGAUAUCGUAGCAGCGACUUUGCUCUUACCAAAUCCUGCCACUAACAAUCCAGUCCAUGUUCAUGCAUACAGAUGCGACUCGGUCGAGACAGCUGAAUUGUUGGGUGGACAACUGAAGGCAUUGGCGUCGCAAACAGAUAAUUUAGCAAGAGUAUCCUCUGGUGAAGGUAGAAUCCGAAGUAAUUUGGGUAGCGAUGGCCGAAGUACAAGAGAGUCCGAGUCUUCCGAAGGUAGUGGAGAACUCAAACAUGAUCCUAUCCAAACCACAACGAUCUACGAGUCAUUGGCAGCCGAGUUGAGAGCCAAAUUAGGUCGUGGAAAUUCAGGAGACAACGAUGUUGGACCUAUACUGUUACCACCACGUGACUACGACACAGUUCACAGGCAUCGUGGUAACUUAGCAGGUAUCGAAUUUAGGCGUUGCUUGAAUCAGACUAUAGUGGGUGGUAGCACAGCUGUUGAUCGAGGUGGUACAAGGAGUGCAGCUAGCAGUGGAAUUGGAUCGGACAGUGCGGCUACUCCUCCACCGUAUCAGUCUCAUCAUCCUUUAGGUCCAAGACCUUCGAGACCUUCGAGAGAUUCCUCUUCCGACGACGAUUGGGGUGCUGGUACAGAGGAAAGUCAUUAUUUCCCGGACGUGGAGACGACUGGUUCGAGCUUGACACUACCAAGGCUACCUAGAAGUCCAGAAAGACAUCCAAUUCAGCAACAACCAACGAGAGGCGUCUCACCAGGUUGUAAUAGGAAUCGUAGGGCGCCAGAACUGAGACAAAGAUCUCCGAGUCCUCAAUAUCAGCCAAAAGUAAAUCCCGGAGAAGUGACAAGUCCAAGAGAGAGGUUCCAAGAUGCUAAAGAAAUGUUCAGGGCCAUGGAGAGGGAAGCUAUUGCAAGACCAGUCCUCUCAAGGCAGAGAGAGUCCGAUGGUCAUCAUCAUGUCCACAGGGUGGAAUCAUCUAGACAAGUUCACGAGGAUCGAUCUAUUCGUUCGCAUCAAACUAACGUGAACUCAUCGCCUGCGCACGAUCAUCAACAGAUCAGACGAAGUCAUACCGAGCUUGACCGAGAGAAUGAACUUGCUUACCGAGCGAGACCAAGACCUAGAACUCAUCAUUAUGGAAUAGAACAACCGUCUGAAUCGGAAACUACCACUAGGCCACGGCCAAGAAGCUUUUAUGAAAAUCCAGUUGUUGGGAGAGAGUUUCGCGAUCAAAGGAAUUCUAUCGAUCCUCGAGAAUCACGAGACUUUCGAGAUCGAGCAUACACACGAGAAUUACGUGAAAAAGUUCGUGCAAGGGCAACGACUUAUCAGGAAUUAUCAGAACAUGAGAGAUAUCCUGGACUCGAUCGUGAAAGUGCCAGACCACCAUUAGAAAUUGUCCCGACACCCGGUAGAUAUCGUCACAGCUAUGCAGAGCCACCCAGACUUGGAUUAGCUGCGUUACAUCCUUACUGACAAAGUCGAUUAACAUUAACGAUCGUUAAUUAACGAUGUCUUUUUUUUCUCUACUUUAUCGAUCGAUCGAUCGAUCGAUCGAUCGAAUUAGCACGUUGAAGAUUUUUUUUUUGUUUUUGAUCGUUCCUUCUACAUUUAAAAGAUGAAAAGAUUUCACAUUUAUUCUGAUCUAUAAACAAAUGGAAAAUUGUUAAUCGUUAUGUUCUUUUGAAAUAACGAAGUUAAAUAACACAGGAUCUUGAAUAGAAAAGAUCGAAUUAAAAUAUUUUUAUGACGAUCAAGCGUUAUCCUCGUUAUAUCAAAUGAGGAAGCUCUCGUUAAUGAGAGAUCAUUGUUGAUAAUUAACGUGAACUACAGAUACGUAUUAUAUUGUUAUGCGCCAGAUGCCAGACUAACGAUAAUAAUAAUAAUAACAGCAAACUGUAAUAACGACAAUAACAGUAACAAUAAUAAUUUUAAUAACAAGUGAA